UAGCCGUUAGCCUAGCUCCAGUGAUGCUACAACGUUAACAUGAAGAUGACGAGUUUUCCGCGACGAAGUCUACAGAAAGUUCGUUUCUAAGUCGUUAAGCUCGACCGGUUACAUGUUCCUUACCCUGGAGGACGUUUGCGGUUCGGUCCGGGCUGUUUGGGUUCGGUUAGCAGUCUGUCUGUGCGACUCCAGGUUCUGGGCCUAAGCUAGCUUGACCAGCAGCCAUUAAUCGUCGUCCAUGGAAUCACCUGAGAGCCCCAUCCAGUCCCCCCAGGACGGCGUCUCUGACAGCGAGCUGCCGCCGUCUCCUGAGGACGAGGCAGGCGGAGUCAUCUCCGACAGCGAAAUGCUCCUAGAGGAGGAGAAUGGAGGCCUGACCGGGGAGGAAGAAGAGGAGGACGAUGACGAGCAAGGAGGAAGAUUAGACUUGGAGGACGAAGUGGUCCCCGACUUUGUCUCUGAUCCAGAGGAUGAGGAGCCUGUAGAAGCAGACAGGGGACAGGAGGACGAGACCAUUGUGCUGAUGGAGGGGGAUGAAGAUGAUCCACAGGGACGGAGGGCGGCUGAGGAAGAGGACGAGGUCCUGGACACGCCGCAGUCCCCGGACCUGGAGCCAGAGCAGGACAAGGAGAACUUUGAGUCCGAGGAAGAUGGCGAAGGUGGGGACGAAGGCUAUGGGGGCUACAGGAAGGACACCUCUGUAGAGCGGGAUGCAAGUGAGGUAGAGGAGGAUAGGAACAAGGAAGAGGAGGAGGAGGACAUGAGGAGGGCAGUGGUGAGGGAGAUGAAGGAUGACUCUGCCUCAGUUUCCCGUGAGCUGGAUGAACAUGAACUGGAUUAUGAUGAGGAGGUGCCUGAAGAACCUGCUCAUGAUGAAGAGGAGGAGGAGGAAGACAGCAAAGUGGAAGGAGGAGAGGAGGAAGAGGAGGAGAACCAAGAAAAGAAGAAGAAGGAGAAGAAACCGAUCCUCCCUCCUUCUCCAGGAGGCGAUUCAAAGCGUCUGGAGGGCUCCAAAGGGUCGGAGAGGCUCAGAGAGAGGAAGAAGGAUGAAGACGAUGGCGAGAUCGAUGAAGGAGAGAUAGAAGACGAUGAUCUGGAGGAAGGAGAGGUCAAAGAUCCAUCAGACAGGAAGAUCAGACCACGGCCCAUCUGCAGGUUCUUCAUUAAAGGAAACUGUACCUGGGGGAUGAACUGCAGGUUCAUCCACCCUGGAGUCAACGACAAGGGGAACUACUCUCUCAUCAGCAAGCCUGACCCUUUCUCCCCCAAUGGAGCGCCCCCUGGAGGACCCCUGCCUCUCAUCCCUAACAGUCCUUGGGCUGCUCCUGUGGUGGAGGAGCUCCCUCCCCCGCCUCCGCCGGUGGAGCCUCCUGUGGAGAGCGCCUGGGAGAGAGGACUGAGGCACGCCAAAGAGGUGCUGAAGAAAGCCACCAUCCGCAAAGAGCAGGAGCCCGACUUUGAGGAGAAGCGCUUCAAUGUGACGAUCGGAGAGGACGAGAGAGAGUUGGACAAAGAGAACGAGUUCUUUAGAGAACGCAGCUACCGGAUCAUCCGAGAGGAAAUGGACUUCAGAGACCCUAUUUAUGGCGAGCCCUAUGCUGACCCGUACUACGACUAUGAAAUGGAAGCCUUGUGGAGGGGCGGCCAGUAUGAGAACUUCAGGGUUCAGUACACCGAGGCUCCUCUUCCGUACCACUUCAACGAGCGCGAGCGCGACCUCCGGGAGCGUCACCGAGACAGGGAGCGGGAGCGAGAUCACCGCGAGAGGGAGCGCCGGCAGCGGGAGAGGGAACGAGAGCGGGAGCGCGAGAAGGAGAGGAUUCGACGGAAAGAGGAGUGGGAGAGAGAAACGCAGCGUUUGAAACGCAACGAGAAGGAGAGGCCCAAGAUGCGUCCUCCUCGCGAAGCCAGGGAGAAGAAGGAGGAGGACAAGCUGAAGCCACGCUCCCCGCUCGGGCCGCCGCCGCCUAACAGGCUAAUGGAACCUCCCUCCAAGAAAGAGCUGCUUCCACUCAUGAGGCGUCCAGACGAGUGGAAGGACCCAUGGCGACGGUCCAAAUCUCCCAGGAGACGUGGCGGCCUGGGAUCGCCACCACGAGGGCGCCGCCGCCAUCGCCCAUCAGGCUCCUCUGUCUCCCUGUCCAACUCCUCCAGGUCUUCGUCGCGCUCUUCGUCCUACACAGGCUCAGGCUCGUCCCAUUCCCGCAGCCGCUCGUCUUCAUACAGCUCCUACUCCAGCCACUCCUCUCAGCACAGCUCCUUCAGCGGCAGCCGCUCCAGAUCUCGAUCAUUUUCCUCCUCCCCCUCACCGAGUCCAGCUCCUCAGAGGAUUGCCAAGAACAAACCGGACCCCCCACCUGUGGCAGCAAAGGGCAUGCCUCCAAAGCCAGGUGUGGCCCCCCCUCCCCGCAGGGAAAAGCCUCCCCUCAAAAAGGCUCCCAGUCCUCCACAGCCUGGAGGACCUCCUAGCAAACCCUUUAAACCCCCAACAGAGGGAGGGAAGCCUCCUACCAACCCCAGGGAGACGGGUGGUGCGUCUGAUGGGCCAGGAGCUGGACCUCCGCCUCCGCGGGAACCUGGAAGACCUCCAAACCCCAGGGAGGGUAGGCAGAGGGAGCGACAGCAGCAUCCGCCUCGCAGGAGGACGGUGAGCGGGAGCGUCAGCGGCAGCAGUUAUACGGGUUCCAGCUCCAGGUCCAGAUCCUCGUCCAACUCGCUGUCAGCCUCGCCCUCCAGGUCUCGCUCGCACACCGGCUCCAGGAAAUCCAGGAAAUCCAGGUCACUGAGCGUCAGCAGCGUGUCCUCGGUGUCCUCUGCAUCAUCCAGCAGCAGCUCGGUGCGCAGCGCCGACUCUGACGACAUGUACGCCGACCUGGCCAGCCCGGUGUCAUCUGCAAGCUCUCGCUCGCCAACGCCAAAUCAGCCUCGCAGAGAGCGGGGUCCCCCGCGGGAACGGUCCCCACCGGGUCGGGAGAAGAUCAGGGAAAGGCCGUCAAAGAAAGAGGAACAUUUCAGGGACGAUCGCAGGAAGGUUGACCCUUCCGGAGGUCCGCCUAGAGGAAGCAACGCCAUCCCUCGAUCAGGACCCAGCAACAGGGGGGGGCAUCCUGCUCAUCCUCGCCCCGGCACCAUGGGGCCCCCUGGAAGCUACGGAGGUUCAGGCUCUCACAAAGACAUCAAGCUGACCCUCCUCAACAAGCAUCAGGGAGAGAGAGGCAGCAGGAAGAGGUACCUGCCCUCAGAUAAGGACCGGCCCGGUUCUCCAGCCAGCAAGAGGAUGGCCAUGUCCCCAGACCGAGGCCGUGAUAAAAGGAACCCUGGCCGACCUCCCAUGUCCCCCCAGAUGGAGCGGCCCAGAGGGCAAGGGCCGCGCCCCCCCCUCUCACAGGGAGACAGAAAACGCCCUCUGUCUCCUCCUUCAAAGUCAUCUGGGAAAGGCCCCGCUGCGCCGUCCAGCAAGCCGGCCUCCCUUGCCUCGGCCCCGCCGGCUGGUUCUGGUUCCGGUUCCGGCAAAGCAAGCAGCACUCUUUCCCGUCGCGAGGAGCUGCUGAAGCAGCUUAAGGCCGUGGAGGACGCCAUCGCCAGGAAGCGAGCAAAGAUCCCCACCAAAUAAGGAGGAGGCGGAGCUUCUGCUCUGGUUCUCCCAGCUGACCCGCUGGCCUCAGCCCCAGCCUGAGGAACCAAACGUGGACCAGAACUUUAGGGGAGCUGCUCUGCGCAUCUCUGUUCCUCUUCAUCACUCUUUUCUCUGGUUUUUUUUCAACGCUCUGCAGCUUUUCCUUCUCAGAAGCUCAUCGGAUGAUUUCCUGUUUGAAUAAAGAUCAAAAGGAUGUGAAGUUUUGUUUUUUUAUAAUCUUCCAGAGUGAUAAAACAGUUUCUUUAUUUGGUGUCACUUUUAGCUGCAGGUGAAACAGAGAUGUGUAGAGAUGAACGUUGUCUUGCUUUGUCACAAAAGACUUUAAAUAAACUAUUUUAAGAAACAGAA